AGGAUGAAAAGAGAAGAAGAGAGAGAUGGGGCCAUUCUGUGCGAGAGUGGUCAACGUGUAAAGCGAAAGAAAGAGGAGGAUACGUUUUCUGUGUUCCAGUGGGAGGAGGUACUAAAAUUAGAGGAGCCCACGCGGGUAACAGUUUCUUCUUCAAGCUUCCUUCAGACAUUUUCAAAUAGUCCUUUACGCCGAUAACACAACGUGUUUUCGCGACGUCUCGCUGUCAGUCGCGACUCGGCGCCGUGAUUCUGCGUUCGAUUCGAUUGGCUUACAAGUGACUUCCUCGGGAGACACGGUUCCCUCCUUGGAACCCAUUCAACGUCCAAGUGACUCGAGAUAUUCCAACUGGCAAACGAAAACUUUGAAUAAUCGUCCUUUCAUUUUUUUUUUUUUUCUCCCCACCAACGAUUAUCGUAAUCGAUGAUUCUCGGGGAAAAAUGAAAAUUAAGGAAGAUCGAUCCCCUCUUCCAACCGUUUAUUUCAAUAUCGUCGAGUGACUACGAAAUAAUUUCAAUAAGUAGCCAAGAAGUGCAAAUCGAGUUUCCUUCGCCAUUAAUCGUGGUUGUCUCUAACGAAAUUGCCUCCAGCAUUUAAUACAAGCUAGCCUUUCAAGACGAUAAUAUAUAUCCCCCGUCUUCAUGCAUGCGUUUCAAGUGACUCUCUUGUGAAGAUAGCUGGCUCCUACCUACUUCAUCAAUUUCCCUUCGUCAAUUUCCUUAUCAAUGAAAUUGUCCCUCGCCGUAUCCCACCGAUUUUCCCCACUGUGAUUUUUUUCAACGUUGAGAAUCUCUCCGUGGAUCGGCCGAUUCCGUUAAGGCCGCGGCAUGUAUUUCAAUCGAUCGGAUAUCGGCCCGUCAAUCUGCAUACAUUUCGUCCUGCUAUUCCUGAUUUUUCUAUCGGCCAACAUCGGACGAAUCGAAGGUAGAAAAUGCGUGUGCACGAGCAAGGACUGCAAGGCAGCUGGGGUGGACACAUGCAAAACAAAGUUUUCCUGUUACACGGAGUGGAUUUUGACUAGGAAUCAAGAACUGGAAGAGAACGCUACAACCAGAGGAUGCACGUAUAGGUUUGCCACGCCAUUGUUGUGCGAGACAAAGUCCUGGGUCACGAGGUCGAAGUCGAGCGACAACGUGGACCGAUCGUCGGCUGCCUGGAUCCGCAUGCAAAGAUUGAAGUGUUGCAACAACCACGACUACUGCAACGCUGAUCGCAACGUGAACGCGUCCACGAGGAUCCACGACAAAGACAAACCCGAUCCCGUCGAUUCUACUUUAGACCAUAAUGGUUCCUUUAAUGGGAUGUCGUCGAGCCGAGACGUAAUGGGAUCGAUCGGGUCUGAUCCAGGCCCGAUUGCCGAAGGACGGGAAUCGUCAGAUCCGUUUCACGAGAAUCGCGUUAAGCCGCUUCUCGUCGCAGCUCUGGUCUUGGCGAUCGCUGCCCUCACAUCGGUCCUGGCCGCAUGCUACGUUAUUACAAGAUUAUUGAAAACGAACCUGUACACCGUCAGAAACGAAGAAUUCAUUCACGUGUCUUAGAGACGUUCGAUUAUGUCGAAUCGAACGAAUCAGCCAUUUCCUCUCCUCCUCGAACAUUCGAACAUUCUUCGUGUUUGUUCAGGAUGAUGGAUCGUGUGGCGCCAAAUCGACGCGAGGAAACGAGCGUGGGAUAUCCUGCGGUUUCAAGAGUCAUCGAAUGCAUGACGAAGCUCGGCGAGGGACAGUUUUGGGCAAACAACUCGGUGAAAUCCUUUGUUUCGAGCCGUAUGACUAACAUCGGCCCUCUCCUUCCAAUUCCGUCCUCCCUGUUGCACGGGGUUUCAAACCAGGUGCUUCGCUUUGCUUCGAUCGUAAUUAGUCAUCCUUGAAACACGCGCAACCGCAUCAAGGAAACGGGGAACACGUACCAGGAAGGAAGGAAGGAAGGAAGGAGGAAAAGGGAGGAAACGAGUAACGCGUAAAAAUGAUGCGUGAAAAUCCGUGUGAAAAGUCGGGCACGGAUAUUUUCGAAUCGUAUCCGUUACGUGGUGCGACGAAUUGCGUGUAAUAUUAAGUGUGGUAUAAUGUGAAAGUAAAUUUAACUGUAGCCAAGAACUGUCGAAACCGAUGCGCGGCCGUAUCUAACGCGAUAAGAUAAAUUAUUAUGCGUAAAACAAACUGCAUUCCCGUUUUACAGGAUUUACUGUUCUGCUGUGAUUGUACUUCUUGUACGCAUAAGAAGCUUAUAGAAUAAAGCGGAUCUUCAUUUACA